AUGGCGACCAGCGGCCGGAAGAUGCGAAAUACUUUUUGUCGAUUAUUCUGUGUUUUCAGAUCAUUUUAUAAAGUUUUAAUAAAAAAAACACAUUUAAAAAUGCCCCAAACUCAGAAACAAUAUGUUUGUGAAAUAUGUAAAAAAUGUUUUUCACAUAUUGGUUAUUUAAAGAAACAUCUACAAAGGCACACCGCAGACAAACCAUACGUAUGUGAAGUGUGCGAAAAAAGUUUCGCUCUAUUCGAUUAUUUAAAAUCACAUAUGAUAACACAUAAAGCAGAAAAACCAUACGUUUGUGAAGUGUGCCAAAAAGGUUUUGCACGAUUCGACAAUUUAAAAGCACACAUGAUAAUACAUAUGGCAGAGAAGCCUUUUGUCUGUGAAGUCUGUAAAAAAAGUUUUGCACAUAUCGGUUAUUUAAGAAAGCAUCUACGGAGACAUACUGCAGAAAAACGUUAUGUUUGCGACGAGUGCGAUAGAGAAUUUUCACAAUAUGAUUAUUUAAAAACACAUAUGGCCACGCACACAUCAAAAAAGCCGCAUAUUUGUGAAGUUUGUGACAAAGGCUUUGCACGACUGGAUCAUUUAAGAAUACACGUGAGGAUACACACAAGAGAGAAACCAUUCAUUUGUGAAGUAUGUAAUAAAGGUUUUACACAUAUUAGCCAUUUAAAAUCACAUAUGAGAGUACACACCGGAGAAAAGCCUUAUGUUUGUGAAGUUUGUAAAAAAGCUUUUGCAAGAAUUGGCGAUUUAAAAAGACAUACGAGAACACAUACCUGAGAAAAAACCGUGUACGGGCAUUGUGUAAUAAAUGUUUUAAAAAAAAUUUAUAAUUUAAAAAUAUAUGUGCGAAUGCAUACUACAAAAAAAUCUUAGUUUAUGAAGCGUGUAAAAAAGAUUUCGGGUUAAUUUGUUGUUUAAAAUUGCAUCUACAAAUACAUAACCCAGUGAAACGUUAUAUUUGUGAAGUUCGUGAAAACUAAUUCCAUUCAUUGGUAGUGUAAGAACAUGUUUCUGAAGAUUGUAGAAAAUGAUUUUGUUCAAGUUUAUCAUUUAAAAUACUUCUGAGAGUAUAUACAUAUCGCACAUAAGGUAUUAUAAAGUCUUAAUACAGAA